CUGCUAGUUGGUUGGACGCCGAGUCGCUGCAUCGUUUCAUGGAUUUAAUUUAUGCCAGAUAAGCUAUUUGGUCGCUUUCUGUUGAGAUACAUUGCAGAGUCGACCAGCUUCUUUGGUUGUUUCCAUUGCCGGUAAACAGUUAGCUAGAGUAGUAGCUUGAACUAGCACCUGGACUAUACACAGGAUAGCACUGGUUACGCUUCGUUGGCUCCCUUGUUUACACGUUAGCUUGUUAGCUUCCUUACUGUAUUGCUUGUUUACAACAGCAUGUUUCUUGUAGCUAUUUAAAAUUGUAAUUGUGUUAAUGCUCAUCGACUAAACAAACCGGCUUACUGCAUUGCACCACGUUGUUUGUCAUCACUGCUUUAGCGUUAGCUCAACAAAUAAAGCCUGGACACCAUUUUCAUCUUUAUUGAAAUAUCGAAAACAGCCGUACAGCAGAUUUUUAAUAACAAUCAGAUUGCACUAUAAAAGCAACUUGCUGCCAUAUAUUAAUAAUAGAAAUGGCCUAGGUACUUAGCAUGGCAACAUUGUGUGGCGGUUCAUAGUUCCAGGGUAGAGGAGUGCACAUCGCUGUAGACACAUCGUCCUCGACUGUCACUGGAGGCAAACCAUUGAAUAAAACCUUGGUGUCAAUCCCUCACUGACAUUAAAACAUCCUCCCUGAAACAAAGCACAAUGGAGACGGUGAGGAGUGCUUUCCACGCUCAGCUGGCCACCGUCAUGGACUCCCUGCUGGCUGCUGCUGUCUGCGAGAUCGCCAAGAUCUUUGAGAGCAGCCUGUGUGAGCAGCAGGCGGGGCUAGCGCAGAAAACUGAGGAGAUCUCCAUCCUCAGAGGCAGGCUGGAGAAAGUGGAGAGGAGGCGUAAGGGUGGAGGGAGCGAGGAAUGGGAGCAGACCCCCAACGGAUCAGGACUAAAUGUGGGAAAGGAUUUGUCUUCUCAUUUGGACCCAGUGGAAAGACUCAGUCAGAGCCUCAGAGGGAUGAAAGAAGAGGUCACAGGCCAGGAUGGAGCUUCAGUAAAACAUGAGAUCUGUGUUGCUUAUUGUUCACAGCGUGCUGGAUCACAACCUACAGUGGGGUCUGUGGCAGUCCAAGUCCCAGAGGUAACGCUUGCUGCUGGAGAACAGAGGAAGACACAUACCCUGUCUGCUACACAAGCCAAGGCUAAAUUGUCUCACUGGGAUCAGGGCGGUGCAGAUCACAGAUCUGUCCGGGAUCAAGCCUCCACCCCUUUCCUCUCCAUCUCCCAGAGCGGACGUUGCUCCCCCAGGCCUGACCCUGGGCUAGCUCAACCAGGGGAGUGGUUACCAGGGCUGGACGGCACCAAAGGUGGGGGGUCCGGUCUGGAGAACCUGCAGGCCGAAGGCACCAACUGCUCUGGUCCAGCUGGCAGCAGUGCCGGCACAGACACACUCUGCUUCAGACAGGGUUUUGGCUCUGACGAGACCAGCAACGAAGACGACGAUAGCUCCUUCCCUUUUCUGGACCAGGAGCCUGAGAACCACAUCUCCCCUCAGAACUCUGUGCAGGGCCAGGGGGCACGGCAGGUUCAGCCUCAAGCCCCACCUGGGGAAUCUCCAUGGAGACCCAGAGAUGACAGGGGAGGGAGAGGCCCCGUCAAUCACACACGGCGGGUUUCAACUUUUGGCAAUAGAGACCCUCUCCGAACACAGUCCAAUUCCCAGUCGCUGGCUCUGCGACACACUCUCAGCCAUCCUCCAGCUCCUGCUGCAGCGAAUGGACGGCCGUACACCUGCCCAUACUGCACCAAGUGCUUCACCUACCCCUCUCACCAGCGCAGACACCUUUUACGCCACACAGGAGUAAGACUGCAUCCUUGUCAGUUUUGUGACAAGAGUUUCCUCACCCCCUCUGAGCUGACUGUGCACACUCGCACACACACAGGGGAGCGGCCUUUCGGCUGCGCCCAGUGCGGGAAACGUUUUGCCCGCAGUGGGAACCUGAGAGCCCACCAACGGGACGUUCACAUGGGGAAGAGACCCUUUGCUUGCACAGAGUGUGGGAAGAGAUUUGCCCACAGAGGGAACCUGAGGGUGCACAAUCACAGAGUCCACCAAGGAGACCCCUACUACAUGGACGAACAGCAGGAGCCCGAAAUAGCCCCUAAUCCCAUUUGAAAACGUUUAAAAAGUGAUGGCUCUGCACUUUAUUUUCUUCUUUCACAGUUGCCUAUCUGCCUAUUUCCCCAUUCAAGGAUUCGUUUUUUUCAUACUU